CUCUCGGUGCUGGUGCUAGGGACCGCGGCAGGCCAAGGGGGAGGUGCGGGUGGGUAGAAGGGACAGGUCUGGGCAGCGCUCGGGGGUUGGUCCCAGUUCGCUCAUCCAUUCAAGCGGCAGUACGCACUUGUCCUAGCAGUUCUCGCCAGCGGAGCUAACUGGGUUUUCUGCGGUUCCGCAUCCAAAGCUCAUCUGCAAACGUCCUGGCGUCCGUCUUCAUCAUGCCUAGCCUUUGGGAUCGCUUCUCAUCGUCGUCCUCUUCAUCGUCGUCCUUGUCCAGAACUCCCACCUCGGAUCAGCCGCCGCGCUCAGCCUGGGGGUCGGCGGCCCGAGAAGAGGGUCUUGGCCGGUGCGCGAGCCUGGAGAGCUCGGACUGCGAGUCCCUGGACAGCAGCAACAGUGGCUUUGGGCCGGAGGAAGACUCGACAUACCUAGAUGGGGUGUCCUUGCCCGACUUCGAGCUGCUCAGCGACCCUGAGGAUGAGCACUUGUGUGCCAGCCUGAUGCAGUUGCUGCAGGAGAGCCUGUCCCAGGCGCGGCUGGGCUCGCGGCGCCCCGCGCGCCUGCUGAUGCCAGGCCAGCUGGUGAGCCAGGUGGGCAAGGAACUGCUGCGCCUGGCCUACAGCGAGCCGUGCGGCCUGCGGGGGGCGCUGCUGGACGUCUGCGUCGAGCAAGGCAAGAGCUGCCACAGCGUCGGGCAACUGGCCCUCGACCCCAGCCUGGUGCCUACCUUCCAGCUGACCCUCGUGCUGCGCCUGGACUCACGCCUCUGGCCUAAGAUCCAGGGGCUGUUCAGCUCUGCCAACUCUCCCUUCGUGCCGGGCUUCAGCCAGUCCCUGACGCUGAGCACGGGCUUCCGAGUCAUCAAGAAAAAGCUGUACAGCUCGGAGCAGCUGCUCAUUGAGGAGUGUUGAACUCGGGUCUUUGGGGGGGGUGGGGGGGAGCGACCCUGCCCCCAUGACAGAAAGACAGCUGAACUUUUUGAGGUGGACCCUGGCAGGCAGGAGCUGAGGGACUGAAGCCUGUCCUUGGAAAACUGAGAGCAGCCACCUGAAGGGGAGGAAGGUUGAGGUGUGGUGGGGAACAUUGCGUUUCCAUGGAGGCUGGCUGAGGCGAGCAGGUGGCUCCCGGCCCCUCAGUACUGUAGCAUGAAACAAAGGCUCAGGGGCCAACCGGGCCCCUGGCUGGAUGUGUAUGUAGCAUGUACUUUACCAUUUUUAUUGUUACUGACAGUUAAGACAACAGGGGUGUGA